UGCCUGUCUCAGUCCUGCCUGGCUUUGAUGGUUUGCAGAUGAGUUUAACAGAUGGAAGUGUGCAUACAACUUGGACUCCGUGUAUGUCUUUGGAGGAGCACUUCCUUUAAAGAGCCUAAGCAGUCCAGGUAGCUGCUAGUGUUUCCUUGCAUAUUCCCAGUGUGCGCUUUUGGGUUAUGAGCAGUAGUAAGACGUCUCGCUACAACCGAUACUCCGGAGGAGCAGCAGCAGCUGCCACAGCAGCCAUCCCCAGCAGCCCCUCCAGCCCCUCAGCAGACUCUGGCAACGGGAGCAGGAUGGAGGCGUCGUUUGCUCCGACCUUCUCAGCUUCUGGAGCUAAAGGUGCAGAAGGAUCCAGCACCUACAAGCAGCAUAGAAGAACUCCUUCCACCUCCAGCACGCUAACCUACUCCCCCCGUGACGACGACGAUGGAAUGCCUCCCAUCGGGACUCCUCGGAGAUCAGAUUCGGCCAUCUCCAUCCGAUCUCUCCAUUCCGAGUCCAACAUGUCUUUGCGCUCCACUUUCUCUCUGCAUGAAGAGGAGGAGGACACAGAGCCGCAGGUGUUUGCAGAGCAGCCUUCAGUGAAACUUUGCUGCCAGCUGUGCUGCAACGUCUUCAAGGACCCCGUCAUCACCACGUGCGGGCACACUUUCUGCAGACGAUGUGCCUUGACUUCAGAUAAGUGCCCCGUGGAUGCAGCUAAGCUAACGGUCGUGGUGAACAACAUUGCAGUAGCCGAGCAGAUUGGAGAGCUGUUCAUCCACUGCAAAUACGGCUGCAGGGCUGUAGGCAGCAGCGCGGCCGGGGCCGCAGCCUCCACCACCUCAGUAGCCGGGAAACCCGGAGCCUACGAGGUGGACCCGCUGGGCUGCCCCUUCACUAUCAAACUGUCUACACGCAAAGAACACGAGGCCAGCUGUGACUACAGGCCCGUGCGGUGCCCCAACAACCCCUCCUGUCCCCCUUUGCUCACCAUGAACCUUGAGGCUCACCUCAAAGAAUGCGAGCACAUCAAAUGUCCACACUCCAAAUAUGGCUGCACAUUCAUAGGCAACCAGGACACAUAUGAAACACACCUGGAGGUUUGUAAAUUUGAGGGCCUCAAGGAGUUUCUGCAGCAGACAGAUGACAGGUUCCAUGAGAUGCAGCUGACUCUGGCUCAGAAGGACCAGGAUAUUGCUUUCCUGCGCUCCAUGUUGGGGAAACUCUCUGAGAAGUUGGACCAGCUGGAGAAAAACCUGGAGCUUAAAUUUGAUGUGCUGGAUGAGAACCAGAGCAAGCUCAGCGAAGACCUGAUGGAGUUUCGUAGAGAUGCCUCCAUGCUUAAUGAUGAGUUGUCCCACAUCAACGCCAGGCUCAACAUGGGAAUCCUGGGCUCAUACGACCCCCAGCAGAUCUUCAAGUGUAAGGGGACGUUUGUCGGCCACCAGGGUCCCGUCUGGUGUCUCUGUGUCUACUCCACUGGAGACCUGCUUUUCUCUGGCUCUUCUGAUAAGACAAUUAAGGUGUGGGACACCUGCACCACCUACAAAUGUCAGAAAACCCUUGAGGGUCAUGAUGGCAUCGUGCUGGCUCUGUGUAUCCAAGGUAAUAGGCUGUACAGCGGUUCUGCAGAUUGCACCAUCAUUGUUUGGGACAUUCAGACACUCCAGAAAGUCAAUACUAUCCGUGCCCAUGACAACCCUGUAUGUACACUGGUCUCCUCCCACAACAUGUUGUUCAGCGGCUCCCUCAAGGCCAUUAAGGUAUGGGACAUCGUGGGCACAGAGCUGAAGCUGAAGAAGGAGCUGACAGGACUGAAUCACUGGGUUAGAGCACUGGUGGCCUCCCAGAACCACCUGUACAGCGGCUCAUAUCAGACCAUCAAGAUUUGGGACAUCCGCUCUCUGGAGUGUGUUCACGUCUUGCAGACCAGCGGGGGCAGCGUCUACUCCAUCGCCGUCACCAACCACCACAUCGUCUGUGGCACCUAUGAAAACCUCAUCCAUGUGUGGGAUAUUGAGUCUAAAGAGCAGGUGCGGACGCUGACGGGUCACGUGGGAACAGUUUACGCUCUGGCCGUCAUCUCCACCCCUGACCAGACCAAAGUGUUCAGCGCCUCCUAUGACCGCUCCCUCAGGGUGUGGAGCAUGGACAACAUGAUCUGCACCCAGACUCUGCUGAGACACCAGGGCAGUGUAACGGCGCUCGCCGUCUCCAGAGGGCGUCUCUUCUCUGGAGCUGUCGACAGCACCGUCAAGGUGUGGACGUGCUAAACCAACCGUUCGCUCUGCAAACAUCCAGCCGGCUUCACCUCUCGUUAACUGUUCCACACACUUCCCGCCUCAGCACGCGUUUCUUUGAUUGUGAUUUACACUCCUCUUAGUGGCCUCAUCCACCAGUGCAUUACAAGGCACAACAAGACGAAGCUGCCUUACAGUCGCACCACACCGGACCGACUGGACGCUGCACUCCAUUAACCAGAGCGGGCUGCAGAGAGGAUUGUGACUGUUUUUCACACAGCAGACGGUCCUGCCUGCUUCCUGCAGACACUCCUGCCGUUUAAGAACUGUACCGACGAUAUCUAACGCAUACUGUUUAAAUGAGUUUAAAGGCUGGCUUCACCAACCUGGAGUGACGCCGUGCACGCUCCUCGUGUCCAGUUAGGCGGCCCUUCGUAAGAUAAUUACUCCUGACAGCAUCCCAGGAUGCAGCACACGAAACGAAAGACAUCAGGUUUGUUUUAACCUUUAUUAAAUCAUGGAAGAUUUAAUUUUCUAAAAAUGAAUGGGCAGCAGUGAAAAAAAGGUUUAAAAAAGCUAAAUUUGUACUUAAACUUUAGUUUGUUUUCCAUUAAACGAUGAAAUUAUAAUAAAGAUAAAUUAAUGUAUGCUUGUUUAUGUCAGUUUGUGCAAUAAAAAUAAUAUAUUUAUGAAUUAUAUACAGUAUUAUGUAUAGAAUCAGAGCUGAUAAACCACAUUCAAUAUUACUAGAUAAUGAAGGGGGGGUGGGGGUGUUAACUUAAACCACAUAUUGUCAUUUAGCACUUUUGUUACCACAGCCUGCACGUUAUUUAUUUCCUCAAACUGUCCUGCGGGCUGUGAGCUUCACUGCUCUUUCUCAGCGUCACACUUGGAGGUAAAGGACUAAAUUUGGGUGGUGCACGUGAUUCAGCUGCUCACCCUCAGUCUCUGGUCUCAGUGGCAGCGACUGAGUAGCAUCAAAAAUCAGACACACAGAUCAACGAGGCGUCUCCUGCAGCUCCCGUUCAGACUCACUUUGGAGGUCACCCAGUUCAGUGUUGUGAAACCAGCCUUUAUAAAAACACGUUUUAAUAAGCAAAGACUUUUAAGACAGAGACAGAUCUAUAGAUUUAGAGUUUUAUAUUUGUGCCAUGAUGGAGCUAUAUUGAGAGCAUCUCAGCGGUUAUAAAUUUCUGUAAAAUAACGGAUAGCGGCGAGCCCGAUCAGGCGCCCACGAGACGACUCACCCCGGCCAGCACGACCGAGAGAGGAUGGCGGUCUGCGUGCAUGCACGUGCCUGUUAUUGUGUAUACGUGAGUGUUUCAAUGAGUGCCAUAUGUGUGGAUGAAAAAUAAGGAACAGCUGUAAUGAUGUCUUUUCCUCUCCUCUUUGUGUCCCUCCCUCCUCCUCUGUGACCAGAGGGAACAGAACCAGAUUAACACAGUGCAGAGAGUUGACUGUAAUUGACCUUAAACCACCCCCGAGGAAAAUGCAGAGAGCAAGCCUCUGCUUUCCUAAAUUGAAGACCCAUAUUGGGUUGACAGUACAAUGAAGGGAUUUACAUACACCUGUGAGGAUACUCAAUGAGAUAAUGUGCAUCAGAUUCAGAGACUAAGAGUUUUUAAUCAUCUCACUGCGCAGGCUUGGUGAGGGAGGCAGAGGAGGGGAAGACAGGAAGCAUCUUCAGUGGUCACACUUUAAGUGAUUUCUUGUAUACUUGUAAUCAUGUAAGCAUAAGUUGAUCAUUGAUCAAUAAAACUGUUGUACA